GUGAAACGUCAGCCACGUCCAAGUAGCUGUCACUUUUACAAUCUCGAAUCGGCUACGAGGUCUACUUCUACUUUAAUUUUAUUUAAGCUUCAAUAAGGCAGAAUGGCUGCAAAAUUGUUGUCUCUUAUCUUAAUUGUGGCCGCAAUUGCCUUCGCCGAAGAUGAGCCGACGGUUGCGAAACUACUUGUUUCGAAACAAGUGUUGAACAAAUACUUAGUAGAGAACAUGGACAUCUUAGUGAAAUACACGCUGUAUAAUGUAGGAACCGCACCUGCUGUAGAUGUGAAGCUAGUGGACAACGGGUUCCAUCCAGAUGUCUUCACUGUUGUCGGCGGUCAGCUUACGGCAGAGAUUGACAGGAUACCACCACAAACUAACGUUUCUCACGUCGUGACUGUACGAUCCAACAGAUACGGUUACUUUAACUUCACUGCUGCAGAAAUCAGCUACAGGCCCAGUGAAGAUGCCACAGAGGUCCAAUACGCCAUUAGCAGCUCACCAGGAGAAGGAGCAAUAGUUGCUUUCAAAGACUAUGACAGGAAAUUCUCAUCCCAUAUUUUGGACUGGGCUGCCUUUGCAGUUAUGACACUGCCUUCUCUUGCUAUUCCUUUUGGUCUCUGGUUUUCAUCUAAGAGCAAAUAUGAAAAACUUGCUAAACAUAAGAAAACUCACUAGUUAGUACUUAGUUAGUAAACUAAGCCACUGUUAAUGUAAUUUGUGACUUUUACUGUGCAGAUUAUGUAAAUAAGGAAAGUAUCUUUUCAGACCAGUCUUGUGUUAAAGAAAAAGUCCAUAGAAAUCCCA